CAAAAAAACCUCAUCGAUCGACUUCCUAGUUCCUCGCUAGCUCCAGCCUCCAGACUUGAAGAGCGUGAGAUCGACUUGGCGAUGGCGGGAGGCGGCGAGCUGAAGCUGCUGGGUGUUUGGAGCAGCCCGUACGCGAUCAGGGUGCGCGUCGUCCUCAACCUCAAGUCGCUGCCGUACGAGUACGUGGAGGAGGAUCUGGCCGACAAGAGCGCGCUCCUCCUCGCCUCCAACCCGGUGAACAAGACCGUGCCGGUCCUCCUCCACGGCGGCCGGCCGGUGAACGAGUCGCAGGUCAUCGUGCAGUACCUCGACGAGGCCUGGCCCGACCGCCCUCCCGUGCUGCCGUCCGACCCCUACGAGCGCGCCGUGGCGCGGUUCUGGGCGGCCUACGUCGACGACAGGGUCCGGCCGGCGUGGCUGGGGAUCCUGUUCCGGAGCAAGACGGAGGAGGAGAGGGCGGAGGCGGUGGCUCAGGCCGUCGCGGCGCUGGAGACGCUGGAGGAGGCCUUCAAGGAGUGCUCCAGGGGGAAGCCCUUCUUCGGCGGCGACGGCAUCGGGUUCGUCGACGUCGUGCUCGGCUGCUACCUCGGGUGGUUCACGGCGAUCAACAAGCUGAUUGGGCGCAGGCUGAUCGACCCGGCGAGGACGCCGGCGCUGGCCGCGUGGGAGGAGCGGUUCCGCGCCAGUGAGGCGGCCAAGGGCGUCGUGCCGGAUGACGCCGACAAGAUGCUCGAGUUCAGGCUGAUCCUGCUUGGCGUGAGCGCCUCGAAAGCAAAGUGAGACUGAUGUUAUACCGAGAUGACACAUUGCCACGCGUGUGCAUGUGCCGGUGUGCAAGUGCUUGUCUCAGACUGAGAGUUUGUACCAAGUUUGUGAUGAGGCAGGGAGCCAGCUCGUUUUGCAUUGUUUCCGAUACGGUGAUGCAUAAAUAUACGACCCGUUUUAUAUCAUAAAACAAUUGAAGUUUUAAAGCAAUUUUACCAUUCUUAAUAACGUAUUGAAAAAUUGAAAAUGUAAAAUUUGUUUGCAUUAGCCACUUUGUACAUUGAAGUAAUUUUAACGACAAAUAUUC